AUGGAAGGUGGUGAAUGGGCAUGGCAAUGGCGGACGAAGGAGAUGGUUUGGUCGGUGGCAGCCAUUGUCGUGAGCUUGAUGGUGCUGAUAAUAUGGGAGAAGCUGUGGUUGAAACCUAGAAGAAUCAGAUCAAUUCUGGAGAAGCAAGGGAUCACAGGACCAAAACCUAGUUUCCCCAUGGGAAACCUCUCUGAGAUCGAACACAUUCAAUCACAGUUCUCCAGUGCAACAUUCAUGUACACUACUGGACAUAGGCAACAUCUACAGGUGGGAGAUCCCAAACUGCUCAAAGAGCUAAAUCGGUUAAAGACAUGGGAUCUUGGUAAGCCCACACAACUCACCAAGCAUUUAAAGCCAUUGCUUGGUUCUGGCAUUAUCACUGGCAAUGGACGCUACUGGUCUUUUCAGAGGAAUCUUAUCGCCCCUCAGUUUUACCUCUCCAAGAUUCAGAACAUGGUGGAUUUUAUGGAGGAAUCUACAAAGACAAUGAUCAAGAAAUGGGAAAGGAUUAUAGAAGAAAAUGGAGGGGAAAUGGCAGAGAUUGUGAUUGAUAAUGAUAUGAAGGAACUCACUGGUGAUAUCAUUUCCAAAGUUUGCUUUGGUGGGUCUUAUGAUAUUGGCAAUCAAAUUUUUUCCAAACUUACUGCCUUGCAAAACGCCCUUGCUAAACCCACCGUUGUUAUCGGACUUUUAUUCCCCAGAAUUCUUCCGACCAAGGAGAACAAAGAGGUGUGGAGGUUGGAGAAAGAGAUAAAGGAGCUGAUUUUGAAAGUGGUUCAUAAUCACAAGUUACAUAACCAAAGCUCUAAAGAUCAGAAUCAAAAGGAUCUGCUUCAGAUAAUUCUUGAGAGUACAGCUGAUGAUGAGGAGAAGAACAAUAAUAGGCGUGGUGCAUGGGGAAUAUUGAAGAAGUUCAAGCAUAAACGUGAUUCCCAGAAACUAAUUAUGGAUAUCUGCAAAAAUAUCUACUUUGCAGGAUCUGACACUACUGCUGUUUUACUCACUUGGACUCUCGUUCAGCUCUCCUUGCACCCUCAAUGGCAACAUCGUCUUCGAGCUGAAAUUCUCGAGACCUUCCCCAACAUAUUGCCUCACUGCUUUCGUGAUAUGGACAAACUUCGAAAGAUGAAGCAACAAUUGGAAGAUGAAUGCCAUGUAGGAUGCCACUUGGCAUGCCACCCGUUAUUUCUAGGUCUCAUUUCUGGUGGGGCUUCUCUCCCACUUGAUGACCAGUGUCAUCUAUCAAUGGUGAUUCAAGAGACUCUGAGAUUGUAUGGGCCAGGAAUAAGAGUUUCAAGGGAGGCAUUUGAAGAGGUGAAGGUAGGAGACAUGGUGGUGCCAAAAGGAACUUACGUUUCGGUGUUCAUAAGUGCGAUACACAGAGAGAAAGAGAUGUGGGGAGAAGAUGCAGAUGAGUUCAAACCGGAGAGGUUUGAGAGAGGAGUUUCAGAGGCUUGCAAGUAUCCACAAGCAUACUUACCAUUUGGACUCGGAAAUCGAAUAUGUGUAGGCCAGAAAUUCUCCAUUACAGAAGCCAAGAUUGCCCUCACUCUUCUCCUCUCAAACUUCUCCUUCUCUCUUUCCCCUAAUUAUCGUCACUCUCCUUUCUACAAUUUGGUCCUCUCUCCCAAAUAUGGAGCACCCCUUCUGGUUACCAAGCUCUAG